UGAUCACUGAACCGCUCCCAGUGCUUAUUAGUGCUCUCUGUCUGCCGGAUCGCAUUGUGCUCUGCUGUAUCAGUGCCUUAAGCAUCGCUCCUUAACGCCACCGGCACGAACCGCAACCGCCUGAACACUUCACCCGACAAUGGACAAACUCGCUGUCGCAUACAAAGAAAAGAUGAAGGAGAUGUCUAUGUUUUCACUCAUAUGCUCCUGUUUUAACCCAAGGCUACAGAAAAACCUGGACACUAAGACAGAAAUUAUGGAGGUGAAGCCCAUAAACAAACGGGCCUCGGGUCAGGCCUUCGAGGUGAUCCUUAAGCCACCCUCUCCUGUGUCAGAUGUGGCACAAAGUAUCGUAUCCCCUCCCAAGAAAAGGGACAUCUCAUUGGAAGACAUUCAGAAGAAACUGGAGGCUGCUGAAAAUCGCAGGAGAUCUCAAGAGCUACAGGUGCUGAAAUCUCUGGCUGAGAAACGGGAGCAUGAGCGAGACGUGCUGUUCAAAGCCAUGGAGGAGAACAACAACUUCAGCAGGAUGGCCGAGGAAAAGCUCAUUUUGAAAAUGGAGCAAAACUCCGAGAACCGCAAGGCUUACAUCGCGGCCAUGAUGGAGCGUCUGCAUGAGAAGGAGCAACAUGCUGCUGUGGUCCGCAGAAACAAGGAGCUGAGAGAAGAGCUCACAGCGUGAAGACAUCUUUUCCUGACUUUUCCUCACUCUGCUCAUCAGCUCACUUAUCCUCCUCACACACACACACACACACACACAGACACACACAGAGACACACACACACACACACACACACACACACACACACACACACACACACACACACACACACACACACACACACGCGCACACAGACACACAGAGUCAGUACUAUCUAGCAAGUAACAUUCUCCUACACCGUUUAAAUGGUCUUGCUUGAUUUCAUAGAUUAUGACGCAGAUUAUUUUGUAAAUAUAUCAUAGGAAUUUUAGACUAAACAAGAACACACAUCAAAUGUAUCAAACUUAUCAAAGACACGGUGUCAGCGUUUAUUUAUCAACUUAUUUUGGAUUAGAGAUCAUUUAGUUAUUUAGUUGUUUGGAAGAUUCUGGAAUUCUGGUAUAAAUGAUGGUUAGUCUCAUUGUGACGAAUGCAAACAGAGACAUACUGGGACACUUCCGGCAUCCACACACACACACAUAUCCACACACACACACACACACACACACACACACACACACACACACACACACACACACACACACACA